AUGUCCUUGUCUAUACAUCUCAAUACACCCUGGGUUCUCUUUGACAGAAAAUCCUCGGCUCAUCUUGGAGGGUUUGUCAAACUAUCUCAAGCAUCUUAUCUUCCAGAGACAGUUCGGCUCCAAUUCAUCGGGACAGAAUACGCAGGCAAUGAAUGUAAACAGGUUUGCGAGCACACACUCGACAUCGAAGGCUCAAACAAAUGGAUAAUCGCAAAGGACGAAAAGGAUCCGAGAUUAAUGUUCACUUUCGACCUGCCCAACCAUUUACCUGGUUCGUUUCAAGCAAGCGCGUACGAUGGUGGGCUAGAGUACAAUUUGGUGGCUUCUACUCAAAGCGCAAAAGGUGAAAUUCAUGCUGUACAGCCAAUCGUUAUUACCCGCAGUCCGGUUCUUCAGCCACCAAGACUGUGUUGGGGAACAUCUUCUUCACCUCUCAGACGGUGGCACUAUGAAGUCGAAGCUCCUCAGGUGUUUUGUCUACACCAGACUCCCUCUCUCAAAGUCCGUGUCCGCUCAGCCUUACAUAGACCACACUUCCAGGCAACACUCGAAACCUGCCUUAUUGGUAUUCAGCUGUUUGAAUCUGUUCGGAUAGGAAAAGAAGCUGUUCCAAAGUCAGAACCUUUGAUCACCUUGACACAACUACUUGUCGCACCGUCUCUGUCGUGGAACUCCCCUUGCGAAAUAGCAAUACCAGCCGAGUUUGAGCGAUUGCCAAGUGCAGAUCUAUCAACGCCUCUUCAGAGUAUACAGCAUCGACUCCGUAUCACGCUUGCCUUUUGUAAUGCCCAAGGCGAGUCUGACCACGUCAAUCAAGAGUUUCCUAUCACUGUUAUUUCUGGAGAAAAAUCUAAAGAGAGUAUUCGGCAUCACAGAGAAGAGUUUGGGUCUGACAGCGAAACAAGUAGUUUAGACAGUGCUCUUGGUGUUCGUACAUUUUGUUACUCGUCUUCUUCCUCCAUGUAA